UGGUAAUAGAGCAUCGAUGGAUGUUGUAUGCAGCGGAGUUGUUCUUCUCAUGAUACUGGCUAUUGCACCAGUUGCAGUAGCAGCAGCAAAGGAGUCUGCCGUGAAUUUAUUGGAAGCUGAAGCAUUGCUCAAGAGUGGCUGGUGGCGAGGCAGUACUACUGCAACAAACGUCUCUGCCCAUUGCCAUUGGAAUGGUAUCGUUUGCAACGAUGCUGGUAGCGUUACCGAAAUACUACUUCCGGGCAGCGGAAUUUACGAUGAGUUGACAAAUUUCAGCUUCUCUUCUUUUCCGAACCUGGUUAGACUAGAUCUCAGCGAGAAUAAACUUCACGGCGCCAUCCCACAUCAAAUAGGUGCACUCUCCAAACUCACCCAUCUCAAUUUGUCUUUCAACAGAUUUGAAGGUGCUGAGAAUCAAAUUCAUGGUUCCAUUCCCUCUGAAAUAGGAAAUUUGAAAAAUUUGAAAUAUCUUUUCUUCGAGUCCAACCAGCUGACUGGUCAAAUCCCUCCGACCCUUGGCAGUCUGACUACUCUGAUUUAUUUGGACCUCUCUUCUAACCAAAUAAGUGGUUCCAUACCUCUUCAACUUUCCGUUAUACCUUCUCUAAAAUUUUUAGAUCUUUCCUCAAACCAACUUAGAGGUCCGAUUCCAUUUACAUUAAAUUUGGACACCUGGUCUAGAUUGAAGCAUUUAUAUCUACAAAACAACUCUUUGAGUGAUAUUUUUCCAUGGAAAAUUCUAGAUCUCCCUUUGUUACAGACAGUGGACUUAAGUCGUAACCGCAUUAGCGGAAAGAUACCAACCCAAUCGGAGUGGUACUUUUCGACUUUGGAUCUUUCCCACAAUAUUCUCUCUGGCACUGUCCCCUCGUCUCUUAUGCGACUGGGGGAAGUCGACCUGUCCUAUAAUGCUUUGGAAGGUGAACUUCCGUGUGAGCUUGUCAUUCAGUUUGGUUCAGAAAGAUUUGUCGGCAAUCCAGGCUUGCGUUACACUUCCACUCUUUGUGGUGUAUCUCCUCCUGUUAUGAAAAAUCACAGACAUCACCCCCCAUACUACAUCAUAGGUCUUGGCGUGUCCUUGUUGGUGUUCUCAUUAAUUGGCGGAUUAGUGCUUUUUAUCUUCUGCAAAACCAAAGUCAAGAAAGUGGAAGUUGAGCUGAUGGACAAUAAACAUGGAGACAUUUUCAGAAUAUGGAACUACGAUGGACAUAUGGCUUAUGAAGACAUAAUUAAAGCAACAAACGAUUUUGAUGUCUGUUAUUGCAUCGGGACAGGGGGGUAUGGUUCUGUAUACAGAGCGCGGUUGCCAAGUGGGAAAGUAGUGGCUUUGAAAAAGCUUCACCGUUUGGAAGGCGAGAAUCCAAAUUUUGACAAGAGCUUUAGGAACGAAGCCGACAUGCUAUCUAAAAUCAGGCACAGGAACAUUGUAACGCUCUUCGGAUUCUGCCUGCACAAGCGAUGCAUGUUUCUGAUUUAUGAGUAUAUGGACAGAGGAAGCUUGUUUUGUAUCUUGAGAGAUGAAACCGAAGCUGUGGAGCUGGAUUGGAUUAAAAGAGUGAAUUUGAUCAAGGGCAUUGCCAGUGCAUUGUCCUACUUGCAUCAUGAUUGUGAUCCGCCAGUCAUUCACAGGGAUGUAUCAAGCAACAACAUUCUUUUGAAUUCACAGCUCGAAGCAACUCUUUCUGACUUCGGAACCGCGAGGAUUUUGGAACUUGAUUCAUCAAAUCAAACAGUCAUUGCAGGCACCUUUGGCUACAUGGCACCAGAGCUAGCCUAUACCAUGGUGGUCACUGAAAAGUCCGAUGUGUAUAGCUUUGGAGUUGUGGUGCUGGAAACGCUGUUUGGAGAGCAUCCACAAGAUUUCCUUUCUUGCAUAUCAUCACAACCCAAUGAACCAAUAAUGCUGAAGGAUCUUCUUGAUGCCCGUCUGCCCCCUCCGACUAACCCUUUGGUGGUUCGAAAUGUGGUUCUCGCGACAGCGUUAGCCCUGGAUUGCGUUAACGCAAACCCGAAAUGUCGACCAACAAUGCAGCAAGUGGUGAACCGAUUUGAAGUGGGCAGGCGAGAAUCAACUAGGCCUUUGCACACCAUUGCUGUGAAUCAGCUUGUUAGUCCACCAGUACUUUCACUGCCUGACCAAACCUGCGCAGAUGGGAGGAGUAGCUUAAGCACCAUAAAUGAAUUCCACGUGGAUAUCUCUGCGACUCUGCCAUCAUCCAAUUUUUCUAUCCAUGUUUCUACCUAAACAACUUUGAUAUCUGGUAGGAAACAGAAUAAGAUUUUUGACAAUUGCAGAGA